AUGGCAGAGGACAGCUCUGCGUCUGACGAUGAUUUCGAUAUAGAACCGGAAGGGUCAGCCUACGAAAUUAGUCUUCAGCCAGCUGCUGAUGAAGGGAGCGGAUAUCAUACCAGGAAUGACCCGCGCCAGGGGCGUCAAUGGCACCGUCAAGAUAUCAGCCAACGCAAGGGUGCCAUCAGCUUCCGCUGCAACAUGAUCGACGUCGUUCAUGGCAAGUGGGCUCCUGACAGCGACGACUACGCGACGCUUGUGGUCUUCCUCUUCCGCUUCGACGUAAAGAAGCGGUCACGGCGCAUCUCACGUGUCGAAAUGACCUUCAGCUUCUUUGGCGCCAAUGACGAGGACCCGUACUCGCGACCUGCCGUACACGCCAUCUCAUUUGAUGGGUCAUUUAGCCUCGCCGAGGAGAAGAACUCUGAGUCGACCACCAAGGGCGUGGAGGGGACAGCUGGGCUGACGGGGGCUCAAUUCGCUGAACUAUCAAGCACACUCAAGUGGGAGCGGACUGUGACACGAGAUAAGAAGACGUAUACGACAGUCGUGGGCAACAAGUACAGGCGCAACUACGAGUUCGGGCCAGACGACCAGGCGAACUGGGUCCUUCUCGAGAAUGACACCCUGAAAACCGGCGUGCCGGUAGCGUUUCGCGCUGCGGUACUGCUGAAGAGGGAGGACAACUUGCCAUUCAAGUGUGAGACGACAUUCAAUGUUCAAGCAGACUUGAGACACAGGCUUGAAGAUUUCUUUGCGUCGAAAGUGAUCGACGAUCCUGUGCUGUUCAACCCACAGGUCAAGGUGGAGAGGGACAUAACGCUGAAAGCCGUAAAGCACAUGGACGGAAACGCGAUGGGUAGUUUUGAUGUCGAAGCGGUCGGCGACGUGACUUUUCUGCGUAUUCGCGACAAGGCAAUCAAGAAUGAGUGA